AUGUGUAUUCUUUAUUGCUAUACCUCGAGAGGCCAACAACAGUUCGUAAUCGGAAACUUUGAUGAUAUUGUGGGAGUGAUCCAAAAGAUUAACUCUAUAAAAGAAGAGCUGUUGGUGGAGGACGCCUUAUUGCAAUCUGGAAAACAACAAAAAGCAUCCGAUCAUGGCGGCAUUUCAGUAGCUAGCUUGGAGGUUGCUCUCUCUGGAAGACAGCUCCACGACAAGACUACAAUUCUUGGAUUCGAUGAACAUUUCAAUGUAGUUAUAGAUUUUCUGACUAGAGAUGAAUGUGCACUCCAAAUCAUCCCCAUUGUAGCGAUGGGUGGUAUUGGUAAAACUACUCUAGCUAAAGCUGUUUUCAAUAGCCAAUGUAUCGUCGACCACUUUAAUAGGCGUAUUUGGAUUACAAUAUCACAAGAAUAUACUGUUCAAGACAUUCUAUCAGGUCUUCUACAUGAUGGGGAAGUUAAAACACGCGAUGGAGAUUCUGAUAGAUUAGUGGAGGCUUUGCACAAGGAAUUAUUUGGCAGACGAUAUUUAAUUGUUAUGGAUGAUGUGUGGAGUGAAAAGGCCUGGAAUGAUUUAAGAAUUUGUCUUCCAGAUUACAAUAAUAGGAGCCGGAUUGUCAUGACUACUCGGCUUGCAAAUGUGGCUGGUUAUCUGAACCCUCACAACUCUUAUCCGAUGACUUUUCUAGACCAGAAUAAAAGUUGGAGUUUAUUUUGUCAGAUGGUCUUCGCAAAUGACAAUUGUCCAUAUCCAGAAUUAGAAUCAUUUGCGCGAAAAAUUGUCCGAAGUUGCAAUGGACUUCCGUUAGAAAUUAUUGUAAUUGGCGGCCUACUUGCAAAGUCUGACAUGUCUCCAAAAUAUUGGGAGUCUGUCGCGGACAAUGUCAGCUCCUAUGUUAAUUGUGAACAUGAUGAGCAUUGCUUAAAGAGAUUGUCUUUGAUUUAUAAAGCCAAUCCACCUGAAGCCAUGUUUCCUCUAUAUGAGCUCUUAUCCCGAAGACUGUCGGAUUGA